GGACCUCCGGCUCGGGUUUACUCAUCCCCCUCGCCCUCUCCCUGCUUACAGAGCUCGGGGACCCGCUCCCUGGGGAUCGAUAAACCUAGAUGACCCUGAGGCUGACGGUGGGAAGGCAGAGCCCCACUGCAGGGUCUGACUCUUCUCGAGGAGAAUGCCACAGACAGUAGUGGAUCCAAAGAUGAAUCAGCUAGUUAAGGACUUUAUAAUCAGGUAGAAAAUAAGACGCUCAUACAGAUUACCGGAAUACAAGGCAGUGUAUGAUGUAAACCCAGUGCUGUAAGAGAACGGAGGGUUUUUCAGAAGAAGUGAAGUCAAGAUGAAGAACCAUUUGCUUUUCUGGGGAGUCCUGGCCAUUUUUGUUAAGGCUGUUCAUGUAAAAGCUCAAGAAGGUGAAAGGAUUGUUCUUGUUGACAACAAAUGUAAGUGUGCCCGGAUUACUUCCAGGAUCAUCCGUUCUUCCGAAGAUCCUAAUGAGGACAUUGUGGAGAGAAACAUCCGAAUUAUUGUUCCUCUGAACAACAGGGAGAAUAUCUCUGAUCCCACCUCACCAUUGAGAACCAAAUUUGUGUACCAUUUGUCUGACCUCUGUAAAAAAUGUGAUCCUACAGAAGUGGAGCUGGAUAAUCAGAUAGUUACUGCUACCCAGAGCAAUCUCUGUGAUGAAGACAGUGCUACAGAGACCUGCUACACUUAUGACAGAAACAAGUGCUACACAGCUGUGGUCCCACUCACAUAUCGUGGUGAGACCAAAAUGGUGCAAACAGCCUUAACCCCAGAUUCCUGCUAUCCUGACUAAUUUAAGUCAUUGCUGACUGCAUAGCUCUUUUUCUUGAGAGGCUCUCCAUUUUGAUUCAGAAAGUUAGCAUAUUGAUUACCAAUGAAUUUGAAACCAGGGUUUUUUUUUUUUUUGGAUGAUGUAAAACCAACUCCUUGCCACCAAAAUAAUUAAAAUAGUCACAUUGUUAUCUUUAUUAGGUAAUCACUUCUUAAUUAUAUAUUCACACUCUAAGUAUCAAAAUCUGCCAAUUAUCAUGCUCACCUGAAAGAGGUAUGCUUCCUUAGGAAUACAGUUUCUAGCAUUAAACAAAUAAACAAGGGGAGAAAAUAAAACUCAAGGAGUAAAAAUCAGGAGGUGUAAUAAAAUGUUCCUCACAUUUCCCCUCCCUUCUUUUUUUUUUUUGCCUUUGUCUUGGAGAGUCAGAGCUUCUGCAUUUUCUUUACUAUUCUCUUUAAAACAAGUUUUACUGUGUAGAGAAUACAUAUGUAUAAACAUAGGUCAAAUAUAUGUCUUCAUUAGGAAAAUAAUAAUCGGAAAACAUGUUCUAGAACUAUUUACAAAAAUAAUUUAAGAUGAAAUCUCUAAUAUUUAUAAAACUAGCUAAAUAAAUGCAUAAUUAAAAAUAUAUUUGGACAUAAUAGACUUGGAAGCAGAUGAUACAGACUUCUUUUUUUCAUAAUCAGGUUAGUGUAAGAAAUUCCCGUUUGAAACCAUCCAUUUUGUAACUGAACCUUGUGAAAUAUAUGUAUUUCUUGGUACGUAUUCUCUAGCACAGUCUGAGCAAUUAAAUAGAUUCAUAAGCAUA